AUGCAGUCCGAUUCUGAACACUCAAACAUGGAGCAAGAUCGGCCAGCUCGACCUCAAACACCAGAUUCAAGCGUACCCGACGAUAAUCCAGCUCGGUUUAGGCACGACAGGGACUCGAUCUCUGGGUAUGGAGCUGGUUUGGAGUUGAAGUCUCCCACACUAACUCCUGGGCGAUUACGACCACCGAGUUCGAGAAACCGAGAGAGAAAAUAUUCUCAAGCACCAAAAUCGACUAUAGAAGAAACCCGAACCCUCGAUCUGAGUUCUCCGAUGGAGAAUCCCAGAUUUUCGAACAUUGACUACUCUGCACCAUCCCGGGUUGUCUCGCCACUUGAAAUUCUGGAAGACAUUUCCAAAGUCCAACAGAUAUUUGCAACCGCGUCUGACUUCCAUGAAGAUGACAAUGACGAUGAUGAAGAGAUCAGUCCCAAGAAUCUCAGACAAGAGGUUCCCGUCAGCAAUCUAAAACCGAGAAUGACUGAUGGGAUAACUCAAACAUCUGACACAGAUUCGGACGAAGAUACAGCAAAUGUUAGAACCGAGGAAACAAAAGUAUUACGGGCCAAGAUCCGGCAUCUCUCAAGGCACAAGCAUGAUCUCGAGAAGUUCUUGACCAAUCUCGAAUCUGAGGCUGGCGAUAUAAGAGAAAUGAUAUCGAAACAAAAGAGUGAAGUUCACGAACUGAAAAUGGAGAAUGCGCUACUUUCCGAAGCCCACGCACAGGCCGAAAAGGAUCUGGCCUUCGUUCUUGAGAAGAAUGAAGACCUAAUCAAGACUCAUGCUGAUGCCGUAUUCAAGCUCAAGGCUGAGAUUUCAGAGUGCACAAGAAUGAACGACCAACAAAUCAAAGUCUUGGAGAACACAGACGAAUAUCUCACGGGUGUCCGAAACGAAUGCCAACAGCUCAGGAUUCAGGUGGAGUUUCUACGUAAAACGAACACAGAUCUUCAAAAGAGGCUGAAAAUGCACGAAGUAGCAGCGGGCGACAAUGAACGGCUGUUUUCUUAUAUUACUCGGGCAAGAGAUUAUCAAGUGAAGCAAGACCUUGAGCAUUUAAUGCUAUACGACACACUCGAACAACAAUUUGCAAUGUCGAGAACCCGGCACGCAUCUGCGUCAUCGGCUGUUCCAGUGUACGAAACCCAGACUCUUGGGGAUUUUAUGCAAACUCUAUCCAAUUCUCAUCGCGGUAGCUUUGCCACCCUCGCAAGCUUGCCCAUGUCCGCAGCUAUGUCUGCACAUAUACCUGUGCCUAUGUCUCCGUACAGUGGUAUAAGAGGGCUAAAGACAUUCAACAUUUCACUAGGAGAUGUUGUGUUUGCUAUUCAACUAGGCAUAGACCCUAUCAAACCAUCUCUGAGUCAGCGGUCUCGAUCGAAGACCAUUCAUACUCUUCAACCCGGAAGACGGCCCAGCAGUGUACGUUAUCGGCCUCCUUAUAUGUCUCGCAGAGGAACUAUGAUUCAUAGCCCGUUAGAAACCAUAGACGGCAGCUUUUCCGAUGAAUCAGAUAAGGAGUCAUCUCAAGCAUCUACAGGCUCUUCAGAGUCAGAUACAGAGCCAUCUCAAGCAUCCACAAAUGGACUGAAAUCAAGCGAGACCAACCCAACAAGGUACCUUCGAUCAUUUACAGAAAGAUAUUCCAUGCCUCAGAACCCAUCCUGGACCGUAUAUUCGAAUAAAGAUGUUCCAGGAUCCAGGGAAGCCAGUCCAACGACGCGUCGUAGAUCAUUCGCACAACGGUACUCCAAAUUCACGAGUCUUUCCUGGACCCCAGAUUCGAACAGAUUUGCCUUGGGAUUGGCGAUUGGCGAUCCGUUCGUUGCAUCUCCCACUGAGGCAAAACAUAUGGAAGCAACAAGUAGUAGUGUUUCCUACCACGACACGGGCAGCACGAGAAGGAGAUCAUCGCAAUUCGUCAUUUCACCCACGUCCUUUACGACACAGAAAACCGAGCAAUCUUCGGUAAUGUCGGAUUUCAACAUGGCAAAGAAUGAGGCAGAGGAAUUUCGAUCAGGUUCAAACUCAUCGGGGGAGUUCGUCGGUAGAAGUCUGAAGAAGUUCUUAAUUGAUUUUCCCACGCAGCAACAUGACGACUCAGCAGUAUCCACACCACACAAAACAACUCCGAGCACGUUGGAGUUCAGUCCUGUGCGAACCCUUUCAAGUUGUGAUUCCAGCCCAUCAUUCCCAGAACCCGAGUUUGUGUCUAGUCGUUACAAGAAACGGAACUCUACCAGCAGCAUGACAUCAAUGGUGUUGAAGAGCAUAUAUGAUCAUAUCGUGCAAGUUUAUUACACGCCACAGAUUACAGAUAUUCCCUCUCCAACGUGCGACGAUUAUUAUUAUGAUGAUGAUGAUGAUGAUGAGUCGACAUCUCUUUUCAGUCUGGGCAGCUCGCUUGAUUGCAAAGCAUCUCCAUCUACUGCGGCGACUUCUAUCAGCACCCCAAGAUCAGACGCGAUGAGUUUUAGUUCGUCGGGCAGUCCUGUUGCUCCGAGCCCUCUUGCUCUCCGCCUGGUAACUGGCAGCCCAACCCCUGCACUGCGUGCCGCUGCGAAGAGCAUUUCUGUCAAGCCAUUCCCUGUGGGGAGCAUUAGUGCGAAACCUGUUGCUGCGAGUCCUGUGUCUACGGCAAGUCUUCCUUCUGCGGCAAGUCCUAACGAUGGGACAAGCCCACGUUCUGUUCGUUCUAUGGCAACUGUUCAUUCCGUGUCAAGUCCACGUUCUGUCGCAAGCCCUAUCUCUACGGCAAGUCCUAUUACUACGGCAAACUCUGAUGAAGACCGUAAUGAGAGGCAGAUGAGUGGAGACACUUCUAUUCAAGCACCUCUGCAAAAUGAUCAGAGACAUCCUUCAACUUCAAAAUUCAUGACAAUGGCAAGGCGACGCAGUUCAAAUCCCACUAAGCAUUUUGCGUUCCUGAAGAAAUAUACACAUUCAAACAAGGCAAAGGAAGCAGCUAAGGAUUAUCAAAGAGAAUCGAUCGCGAGUCUGGAAUCUAUCCCUGAAGUAGGAGCAUGGCUGCCCGCUAUAUUCGAUCGUCCAUUGCCGAGCCUCCACAAAUUCAACGAAUUCUAUACCCAUUAUACGCAGUGUGUCACACCAGUCACUGACUGGGGUGACUUUCAACAGGAUGUUUCCGUCGCUGAGCAACGAAGGCUAUCCUAUUGGGCUUGGACAAAGAUUAUGUGGAACAUAGUCACUUGCCUCAUCCUGUUGGCGUCAAUAUUUGGUUACAUGCCAACCAAAGGCUUCGGAUCGAUGGAGUCAGAUUUGAUGAUGAAUACAUCUUUAGCCGCGUACGUAGGAGAGAAAGACAAGCGAGAAUCUACCAGAGCAGAUGCAGAAACUGCCUGGGACCCAGUCGUCAAAAACGAUCGGGCCAUCCUACCAUGGAUUGGAAGACCUCACAUGGCACCAAUAUUCUCUGAAGUCACCGAGAGUGUCAAUUUCUUCACCAUGGAAGGACCAAGUGAACCAAUCACGGAAACAUACUGGACCACGAUAUCGAAUACGAAGCACAAGACAAUCACAUAUACCGAGAUUGAACAGGCUGAGAUAUCUGUGAUACAACAUCACAUGGAGACCUCUAAUGAAACCUGUACCGAAACCACUACCGAGACUGAUUGCACGAGCACUACGACAGAAGUCCAAGAAAAGACAGUGACAUCUACAGAGGUCGAACACAUUCUCCUACCGUGGGUGCGAAACCACACAUCGACGAUUACGAAUACCUUCACAAGAACGUCUACGAAAACUCUACCCAUCAGCUUCACCGUGACAAAACAGAUAUCGCUAUUAUGCACAGAACCGACAUCAGCUUCGGGGAGGACCAAAGUGAUCACAGUCACGGACAUCCAGAAAUCUACCGUGACAGAAACUAAAACUCAGACCGAGACCAAGCACCAGACAGUGAAGGAGACCGUGGCUGCAGCAUGUGUGCCAUGCACCCCAUCCGGUUCCUCACAUCUCCAAGCACAACCACAACCACAAUCACAAUCACAACAAUCAUCAUCACCAUCCUACGACGCAACCGCUCGAUACCGCCAAAUAAACAACAACAGACAUCUCAACCCCGCAGACGAGCAGAUCAUGCCCGCCUGGUCCAUGGCAGAGCCGGACCGCUACGCCAACGUAGGACCGGGCUAUAUCGGGCUCUCGCCGUGGCUGCAACGCUGGUGGGAUAUUUUCCGAUUCACUGUUGAGGAGCGGAUUCAGUCGAAGAUAAGGGGUUGA